AUGUCCCAAAAGUACUGCUGGGAGGUAAGGAGGUACAACGGUAGUCACACGUGUACUCGAGCAUGCAUUUCUCAAGAUCAUUCCAAAUUGUGUUCCGACACAAUUGCAGAAGCCAUUAAGCCGUUGGUAGAAGUUGACCCAUCUAUAAAAGUAAAAUCAGUCAUUGCGGAGAUCCAGUCGAAGUUUAAUUACACUAUAAGUUAUCGGAAAGCCUGGUUAGCAAAGCAGAAGGCAGUGGAGUCAAUUUUCGGCGGGUGGGAAGCUUCGUAUGAAGCUUUGCCCAUAUGGUUUGAGGCCAUGUGUCACAAAGAGCCAUCAGCGGUCGUUCACUUUGAAACAAUGCCUGCGUACCAGGGUGAUGACUUGGUUCCUGACAUCCGUGUCUUACAUCGAGUCUUCUGGAGUUAUUACCCUUGUAUCAGAGCAUUCCGACAUUGCAAGCCAAUAGUGCAGGUAGACGGAACUCAUUUGUAUGGAAAAUAUAAAGGUUGUCUGUUAGUGGCAGUUUCUCAGGACGGCAACAACAAUAUUGUGCCCAUUGCAUUCGCGAUAGUGGAGGGGGAGACUUCAGACGCGUGGCACUUUUUUCUCAGUAACUUGCGACAGCAUGUGGUGACGCGUGACGGUGUGGGCCUUAUAUCCGACAGACAUGAAUCCAUCAACUCAGCUAUUGUUCGGAGUAACGGAGCCUGGUCUCCUCCUAGGGCUUUUCACAUGUUUUGUAUCAGGCAUAUAGAGUCGAACUUCCUGAGAAAGUUCAAGGCUCCAUACCUGCAGAAGCUUAUCGUCAACAUAGGAUAUUCGAGGACGGUCCGCGAGUACGAGAUACGUUAUCAGCGACUGCGCGAACACGGUGAGGCCUACAGUAGCUGGCUAGACAGGAUAUCGCGCGAGCAGUAUGCCUUGGCAUUUGAUGGUGGAUACCGAUGGGGUCAUAUGACAACCAAUCUGGUAGAGUGCAUCAACUCGGUUUUGAAAGGUGCGCGCAAUCUCCCAGUCACUGCACUUGUUAAGGCAACGUUUUACAGGCUUAAUGAGUUAUUCACACGAAAAAAGGCCGAGGCUGAGGCACGUAUUAAUGCUGGACAUGUGUUCUCUGAGGUUGUGACGACUAAAUUGCAUGCAAAUCAGCGGGCAUCGGGAAACAUCCAGGUUAGUUGCUUUGAUAGACAGAAUGAGGUAUUUGAGGUACGUGAGAUGCCUAGUGGAGUGGAGUACGCAGUCGACCUACGUCGAAGAGUUUGUGACUGUGGCAAAUUCCAAGUGGAUCGCAUUCCGUGUCGACAUGUAUUUGCUUGUUGUGCAAAUCAGCGACUUGAUUGGCAGGUGUAUGUUCAUGAAGUAUACAAGAUGGACCAAAUUCGAAGAGUUUACAGAGUUAGGUUUAGGCCACUAGGAAAUCCGACAACGUGGCCCGUUUAUAAUGGACCUCGUUUUGUAGGCAAUCCGUUUCUUAGACGUGUUGCCAAAGGUCGGCCAAAGAUGACCCGCUUCUUAAACGAGAUGGACACUCGGAUGCUGUGUGCGCCGAGGCGCUACAAGCAAUGUGGGGCCGAGGGCCACAGCCGUAGCAGGUGUCGUCAACGUGGUGGUGCAAGUGCAGAUCCAGCCACAUGA